CGCGAGGAAGAAGAGAGCGAGAGAGACCUCUCGAGGGGAGAGGGGGAGGCAGGGAAGGAAAGGAAGCGAGCAGGAAGCAGGAGGCUACCGAGCGGCGGCGAGGAUGAGGGGUGGCGGCGGCGGGAUGAUGGACGACGACGACCGGGUGACCCACGCGCAGAUCCCGACCAGCUUCGGCCCCGAGCUGCGGGCCUGCCUCCGAUGCCGCCUCGUUAAGACCUACGACCAGUUCAGGCAGAACGGCUGCGAGAACUGCCCGUUCCUGGAGAUGGACAAGGAGCACGACAACGUCGUCAACUGCACCACCCCGAACUUCACUGGAAUAAUCUCUCUGAUGGACCCCAGUAGGAGUUGGGCUGCUCGAUGGUUGAGAAUUGGUAGGUUCAUUCCAGGGUGCUACACACUGGCAGUCUCAGAGGAGCUUCCGGAAGAGUACCAGGGGAUUUGCCAGGACAACAACGUGCAGUACGUGCCGCCCAAGCGUGUCUAAGGCUAAGCAUGUUCACGGCAUCCCAACCCUGAAGCAGUAUGAUAAUAUAUAGAAUAGCUGGAACGGAUGUAACGCUUGUUGUACUCAAGGAGUCUAUUCUCUGGUCAAAUUGGCGUGCUACGCUGAGAAGUUAAUAGUAUUGAUUGGCUGCUAAUGAUGGGUCUAUUCUUUUGUCAAAUCAGCGUGCUACGCUGAGAAAUAGUACCGGUUGGCUGCUGACGGUGCUAAAAAUGAUGCCCCAUUUAGUCCA